UGAUGUCUUUCUUCACUGCAUCUGGUGAGAUGUUGCUACGAAAACUUCAGCCUUUAUAUACCGGCCACAUUUUAGCUAUACAGAGAGAAUUAUACCGGCCUUUAUACUCAACGAGCGGUUUUGUCCCGACUUGGAGUGCCAGAAAUGGGUUUUUGUUCGGUUGGCUAGUUCCAAUGAACGUAGGCCUAUGUCACAAUACUUUAGACGGGGCGUUAAAAGUUUAUUAACCCUGUUUGAGGGUCAAGAGUGAAUGGACCCACAUCUCUUGACCAUUGGUACAUGAUUAUGGGGUAGAUGAACACCCCUUGUAAAGUUGUGAUGCGAUGAGGUCGAGUGAUAAGUUCGUGUCUUCGUGAUGCUGUACAUAUAGCAUGUUAGUAUUCAGUUGUCGGAUUCCUUUGGCCCAGUCAAAACGGUGUGAUUGUUCUUUGAGACAAUGCGCGUUAGUAGACUCCAAAAGAAUAACCAUCAAAGCUAUGUGCUUUACAAUCUGACGGACCCAUCAAACACCACGAUGGCCAAGGUAGCCCAACCCAGACCCCAGACCACACGGGUCCUGCUCUGGGCACCGCCACGCUCCCUCUCCACCGCCUUCGAGCGUUGCAUCAGUGCCUUGGGCGACCGGGUCCAGGUCUGCCACGAGCUGUACACCGCGGCCUGCCACUUGGGGCCCGAGAACCAGAUCAAGAUCCCGGUGUUAGAAUCCGUAGUCAGGGAUCCACACUACACCUAUGCCUGGGUUCAGAAAAUCAUGGAGGCUCGCGCCCCUCCCAAGAAGGAGAUUUUCUUCUGCAAGGAGCUGGCUUAUUCGGUGGAGGGAAAGUUCGAUAAGCUACCGGCCGGCUACCGGCACACUUUCCUGAUCAGACACCCAGCACGAGUUUUCCUCUCAAUGAACACCCUAGUGAAGAGAUACUUCGCCAGGACUUUUCUGGAUCUGAAACUCAGCCAGGUCCUCCCUAAGGGGUUAGUCUACAAAGAGAUGUUCGACCUCUUUGAGCACGUGACCAACGAUCUUGGCCAGGAGCCAAUCAUCAUCGACGCGGACGAUCUUUUGCAGGAUCCACUGGGCGUGCUGUGCGCCUACUGCAACGCCGUAGGCAUCCCUUUCUCCCCCUCUAUGAACAAGUGGCGGCCCAUCAAAGAGGAGAAGCGGACGUGGAUCUACUCCACCCGGCUCAUGAUCAUCAACAAGAUCAUCGGGCAGUACGACCGCGCCUUCCGGACGGCCGGCCUGGAGCGGCACGUGGAGAAGCCCAUCGACCUGAGCCGCGUCACGCCCGAGGUCUUGGAAGCAACCAAAGCAAGUAUCGGCUACUACGAGAAGAUGUACGCGCUGCGCCUGAAGACACGGACUCCAAACCCCUAUGUGCAUGUCAAACCAUCUCCAAACCCUGCUGUGCCCAACGGUGUCCCGUCAAUGAGUAACGGAUCCCCGCCACAAACCAACAACCAGUGCGUAUCGGUUCCAUUCACAAAAGUUGCACUUUACACCGUGGCGAAUGUCAUUUGAGCUUCAGUUUUCUUAUGAGAUCUACAAUUGCACCGUGUGACAAAUUUUUGUUUUCUAUUUUCAGGCAGCAAAGGUGAAAGUCGUCGGAUUUUGGAUUAUGACUGAAUAUUUUGGUGAGAUGGCGGUAUCAUGACGGACGUAGCUGAGGCGGCGCCAUAGGAAUAAGCGCAACCAGCGUGCUCGAAUGACACUGAGUGUGCACAAAAUAUUAGAAAGUGGUAGAGUGAAAGUGUGCAAUGUUCUGACUUGCAAUACGGGAUCCGGGAUGUUUAAGGGAUUUUAGCAUGUUACGCGCGCUUCCGAUUAUUUUUAAUCAACGGACCAGAAACGAGCAGCAAACCAUUGGAGAAAACCAGUACUGGAGAGAACAAUAAGGUGAACUUUAUUUCGUGGCCACCACAUAUGGCAGGGACUUGUUAAAUCUUGUGUAGAACAAAUUCUGCAUUGACGUUAAAAUGGAAACUCUGUGAUGGGUAUGCUUGCAUGAGGUUUUAACGCAAACUACAUUUUAAGACACUUCCAAAAACGUGAAGUGCCCCAGGUUGGGAAUCAAUAUCCAACGCGUGAAAAACAAUGUAAAUUAUACAUUUAAUUAAAAUGCUUCUGAAACUAAUGUGAUUUAUGCACUGACCAAAAUAAGCUGCACGAAAAUCAAAAUUUAUACUUUAGCUGAAAUUGAGUUUUUAAAGCUGCAAUAAUUUUUUUUUCAGAAUCUUAUUUAAUUUGGAAUUUGUGAUACUUCUACUGAUGUACUACCUCACGCAGAAGUAAAUCUGAAACUUAUUUAAAGUUGAAGUGCAGUACUGUAUAUUGGUAAGAGAGUAAAUGAAACGCAUUAAUAAUUGUAUGGAAGUAAGAUAUGCAAUAGUUCUAAGGCACAAGUGGUGAAGAUUAUGGUAUAAAAGAAGCAGAUAUAAUAAUAACCAUGA